AUGCUCAAAUUACUCCCUUUGGCCUUCGCGGCAUCACAGUUGUGCGCAAUCAGUCAAGCCUGUCCAUUCCAUGUGGGCGACGAAGAGCACACUUCAAUCAACAACGUCAGGCGCUCUACAUCAACAACGAGCGUCAAGACUGCUAUCGAAGACAUCCGUCCUUUCAACGGCCGCAGAUUCGGCAAGCCACAGAAAAUUUGCCUCGACGGCGGCCACAUAGUGCCUGCAAGCAAAUGUGCCGACGCCCAAAACAUCGUGAAUGGCACCGGCAAAUUCCUCAUCCCGGGCCUGAUCGACAAUCACGUCCACUUGACCGAUGUUCAGUCGCUUGAAGACUUUACUUCAUAUGGCUGCACAACUGCGAUGCAGAUGAACUGUCAAAACUACACGCAGUGCGCCCUCAUGGCACGACAAGAAGGCUUGGCCUCAUUCGUGUAUGCUUCGAUGGCAGCUGUCGGAAACGGAAGUCUUCACGAUAAGCAGUAUCCAGCCCGUGCUAGGGAUACUCUCAUCUACCCGAGUACAGACAUCCUGGAGUGGACGAGGUGGCAGAUGGGCAAUGGCAGCCACUUCUUGAAGAUCACGGCUGAAGUCGCUGGCCCUUCUCUGGAGCAACAAAUUCAGAUGGUUCACACCUCCCACAACGAAUUCCAGAAACAGACCAUGACACACGCCUCAACAAUUGCAGCCUAUGAACAGGCUGCGGACUCCUUGACCAACGGAAUUCAGCACGUCCCGGACGACGGGGUCCUAUCGUCAGCUGUGAUUCAGCAGAUCCUGGAUCAGCGUCAAUACGUUACGACGACCUUGAACAUCUUCGAGUACGGGUAUCGGGAGCCCGCUCUUGAAAAGUUCUUGAACAUUCAGCCGGGGAGCAACCGCACAAUCGAUAAUGCGCACGCAAAUGCUCACCUUCUCCAUAAGGCUGGAAUUCCAAUUCUUGCUGGAACCGAUGCUGUCGGUUCUUUGAAAAUGGGCAAUACGACCAUAUCAGUUCCAUUCGGCUUGACGCUUCAUUUUGAACUGGAGAAUCUGGUUAAGUACGUUGGCAUGUCGCCCGCAGAGGCGAUUAAUGCCGCCACCCGGGAAGCUGCCAGAUACCAUUGCGUCCCGGACAGAGGCUCUAUCGAGAUAGGCAAGAGGGCGGACUUGGUGAUGCUGAACUCCAAUCCGCUGGCCAAUAUUUCCAACACGCGGGAUAUCGCAAAGAUCUGGACUCUGGGCGUCGAAGCACAGGUGUAUGCGAAGAACGAAACCACGAGGAACCCAGGAGCUUGA